CGCCUUGGGCCAGAAUUUAAUUUUGUUUUGUGGGUUUCUUUCCUUUUUUUUUUUUUUCCUGGCAUUUACACCACCAAGAGCUUAUAUGAGUGCAGCCUUUCAGUCAUCCCUAAUGAUGAUGCAGCGCCCCUUGGGAAGCAGCACCGCCUUCAGCAUAGACUCUCUGAUAGGCAGCCCUCCCCAGCCCAGCCCGGGCCACUUCGUCUACACCGGCUACCCCAUGUUCAUGCCUUACCGGCCGGUGGUCUUACCCCCUCCUCCCCCUCCCCCGCCCACGCUCCCGCAGGCCUCCCUGCAACCGGCCCUGCCCCCGUCCCACCCCCACCACCAGAUCCCCAGCCUGCCCACCGGCUUCUGCUCCAGCCUGGCUCAAGGCAUGGCCCUCACCUCCACCCUAAUGGCCACCCUGCCCAGCAGCUUCUCAGCUUCCCCCCAGCACCAGGAGACGGCACGGAAGUUUGCGCCUCAAGCCCUGCAGGGAAACUUCGACAAGGCGGAGGGGAUCCAGCCGGAGACCGAGGACGGGAAGUCCUUCCUGGGCAAGGAGAGCUCCCUGCUGUCCUUCUCGGCCUCCGAGGCCAUGCAAGCCUCCCUCGUCGGGGCUGUCAGGGUCCCCGGGAAAGACGAUGCCAAAGGGGAAGACGACUCGAAGGGCAAAGAGGAAAGCUUCUCCAUGGACAGCGACCUCGACUACAGCUCGGACGACAACAUCCCGGGCCCAGCCGGCCACAAGGAGGAAGACCCGGGCGCCGCGCUGGAGGAGAGCGCCCAGAGCGUGCCCAGCGCCGGGGCCACCACGUCCACCGGCAAGAACCGGCGGCGGCGGACGGCCUUCACCAGCGAGCAGCUGCUCGAGCUGGAAAAGGAGUUUCACUGCAAAAAGUACCUGUCCUUGACGGAGCGGUCCCAGAUCGCCCACGCCCUCAAACUCAGCGAAGUGCAGGUUAAAAUCUGGUUCCAGAACCGCAGGGCCAAGUGGAAACGCGUGAAGGCCGGCAACGCCAACUCCAAGACAGGGGAGCCCUCCAGGAACCCCAAGAUCGUCGUGCCCAUCCCAGUCCACGUCAGCAGAUUUGCCAUCAGAAGUCAACACCAGCAGCUGGAGCAAGCGAGACCCUGAGUGGCCUCCGGGCGCUCAAGACCCAGACACCUUCACCGACACAAAGAUUAAGUAGAGAGACAAGGAAAAAGAAGGUCUACGGCCUUUCUCCGAAUCAAGUGUGAAAAAUUAAAGAAACUGAAACCUGAACUUUGACAUUUCAAGUAAACCGAGAAUACAGUCCUUGAAAAAAAAAACUACUUUUGAAGGGGGAAAAAAAUCAAACCUGAAGAGAGACACUAAAAUAUUUAUUAUACUAUCUUACUUUGUAUAUAUAUAGCUAUAUAUACUGGAUCUCAGCUGCAGUAUUUUGACUGUUGGGGGACCAAAUACCCAAUGACAUGAACGUCUGACAUUCCAGAAGGGAAAAAAGAACCACACACACACACACACACACACACACACACACACACGAACACAGCAAAAACCUGAAAUGCAUAAUAACCACCUUCCAAUUUUUGUUUCUUACUCUUUCCAAAGGUAAAAUGAAACAAAAAAGUGAACGUUUGACUUUUUUUGUGGUUUUGUUUUGUUUGUUUUCUUUUGCCUUCUUUGGGUUGGCUGAGAGGCAAGACAUCUGAGAGCCCUCCUUGGUAACUGGGUUCGUGCUUGGCUUUCUCUCCGUUGGGUGGCUUCUUCUGAACAAGCCGUGUCUAAAGCUCCGUCUCUGUCUAUGGUGUUUUAAUUUAUUUCAAUGUAGCUUUUCGCCUCUAUAAGUUAUGAAGUUGAAAACGAACUCAGUCUUGUGAAUAAUAAAAAGAAAAGAAAAGAAAAAGGACAACAGACCU